AUGACCCACAUGUUGCUGAGCCAACGGCCCACACAUCGCAGCUCCCACGACCCGUCUUACCAAGCAUCGAAGAUCAAGACCAAGACCAAGACCAAGACCAAGACCAAGACCAAGACCAAGACCAAGACCAAGACCAAGAUCAAGAUCAAUACCAAGACCAAGACCAAGACCAAGACCAAGACCAAGAUCAAGACCGAGAUCAAGACCAAAGAAACAGUUCAGGGACCAUCGAAUCGCACAUAA